AUGUCCUGCAACGCUGUCAGCAACUUCGGCUUCGAAGCCGGUCUCGCCCCCUGGACCGUCGCCCCAGGCUCCGUCGCAAACGUCCUCACCGACCCAAUCGCCUACUCCGGCGUGAGCCUCCUUGACAUAACAACAACAGUCUCCAACCCCACCGGCACAGUCUCGCAGCCCCUAACCGGCCUCGACACGAGCAAGCCCUACAACCUGCUCCUGUGGAUGCGCCUGCGCGACCGCAUCUCCAGCGUCAACUCAUGCACUGUCAGCGCGCACCUCGGCGACGAUGCCGAGGCCGGUGCCAUCGCUUCGGACUUUAUCUGGGAUGCGGCGGGCUGGAUGUUACUGAACGGGACUAUCACACCCACUGUUGCCGAUACGACUUUGAACCUUGUUGGUCUUUGUAGCUUUUCUGGGGAGGUUACUGAGGCGCAUGUCCUUUGGGAUGAGGUUACGUUUUCGGAUUGUUAG